AUGGCAAUUCUCAGGGGCACUGCUAAAGAUACGCAACGCUCUGACAAUGGCGUCGUUGGUGCAAACUCUGAUAUUAUCGGAGGGCUUCCUAUCAAGGCCGAACCCAAUGGCAUCGUUUCUGGUCCUCUUGUCUGGUCUGGCCAAGACUUCCACGGAGACCAAACCUACACUCUCCGCCUUAGUGACGAGGAGGCUGGUGAGGUCGACAGCGCCCUUACCAGUUUCAAAGCCCUCGGUCUCGAUGGUGAUAAAGUUUCAGCAGAUAACUUCCCCCUUCCUAACUUAUCUCGGCGCCUGCGUGCCAGCGCUGAAGGUCUUUAUUUUGGCAGAGGGUUCUUUAUCAUUCGUGGCAUCGAUGUUGCUAAAUACACUACUGAAGAUAGUGUUACUAUCUUCCUCGGUGUAGCCAGCUAUAUUGGCGACAAGCGCGGCCUACAGGACCGAAAGGGGAACAUGCUUAUCCGAGACAGCGCCAACAAGGGAGGAAACACUUAUCUCAGUUCGGCCUGGACAGUUUUCAAUCACCUGUUCAUUCAUGAGCCCGAGGUUGUUGAGACUCUGACAGCCCCUGACUGGCCUGUUCAACUGUCCGGCCGUAACGCCUCGUUCUAUCUCGCGCCCGUUUUGACAUUCCACAAUGGAAGGCUUCUCGCCAGCCUCGAUCCGCACCGCCUCGGCCCGCACCCGAAGAUGAAUACGAACAUUCCUGCUCUCUCAGAAGCUCAGCUCUAUGCCCUCCAAGUUGUAUCAGAUACAGCUUCGCGAUUCGAGCUGCAGUUGAAGCUAGAGACAGGAGAUCUCCUGUUCUUCAACAACCUUGCCCUCGUUCAUCGCCGAGAUGCCUACACGGACGACAAUACCUCAUCGCGACAUUUGGUACGACUCUGGCUUCGCAACCAAAAGUACGGCUGGGUAAUCCCUGAUGGUAUGCUUCCUCCUUGGGAAGCUGCCUAUGGAGAGAACCGCAAAAUCAGGACUCAAUAUUACCCUAUUGUUCCAAUGCCAGAGUAUUCUGUGCCGAAGUACACCACAAGCUCGGCUUGUUUCGUGAUGCAAGACUCGGAGAGUUCUGAUGGAGAAUAG